AUGCCCAUGUUUGUGCCUAUGCUUAUGCCCAUGCAUAUGCCUAUGCCUAUGCCUAUGUUGAUUCCUAUGCCUAUACCUAUACCUAUGCCUAUGCCUAUGCCUAUGCCUAUGACAUUACCUAUGCCUGUGCAUAUGCCCAUGUUCAUGCUCAUGCUCAUGCCCAUGCUCAUGCCUAUUUCUAUGCCUAUGUAUAUGCGUAUGCUUAUGCCCAUGCCUAUGCCUAUACGCAUACCCAUGCCCAUGCCCAUGCUCAUUUCCAUGCCCAUGCUUAUGUCUAUGCCUAUGCCUAUGCGCAUGACCAUGCCCAUACCCAUGUCCAUGCCUAUGCACAAGUCCAUGCCCAUGACCAUGCCCAUGCCUAUGCCCAUGCACAUGCCCAUGCCAAUGCCUAUGCCUAUGCAUAUGGUUAUGCCCAUGCCCAUGCCAAUGCCAAUGCCAAUGCCAAUGCCUAUGCCUAUGCCUAUGCCUAUGCCCAUGCCCUAUGCCUAUAUUAUUGUAUCUUUUCCGUAUCCGUAUCUUGAAUUUUAG